GUUUCAUUUCACACAAGUCCAUCGCGUGCCACGUCCACACGAACCCCUGAGACACCCCAGCCAGCCAGAUACCCAGCGACUCAGCGACAACAGCCCCCUUUGUUGCCUGCGUGUCAAGCAACCAACCAGAAGAAGCCGAAGAUGGUGCUGGAGACCCACCACCAUCAUCACCAGCAGGAUGUUGAUGUGGAGGAGUGGCUUGGCAGCGCCGCCAUUGCACGUGUUGCCGCUCUGCCCUACAUCUCCCGCGCCGUUGCCGCCGCUGCGCCGUACGUCCCAUCCAAGAAGGACUCGCAGCUUGUUGGCCGCUUCGAGCGCAUCUGCUCUUCCCAUGCCAAGCCUUUCCUCGAGCGUCACGCUGACAAGCUGAAGCAGCUUGACGAGUAUGCGUGCCAGAAGCUCGACGCCAUGGAGACGGCUGCCACCUCUCUUCGCCAGCGCUUCACCACUGUUCGCGACGAAGUCAACUCCAAGGCUGUCUCCGUUGAGCGCGUGCUGCUUGCUCCGACGCAGAUGAUCCUGGACCGUGCCGAUGCCUUCCUCGAGGCCAUGCAGACUGACGUCGACUUUGACAACGAACAAGACAACGACAACGACGAGGAUGAUGCCGAGACCCCUGCCACCACUGCUGCCACUGGCACUACGACUACCACGUCCACACUGCCGACGAAGCCUUCGACCCGUCUGGGCUCUGAGACGCGUGAGAUUGCCCACCGCACACGCGACCUCUCCCACCGUGUUCAGCUCCUCGCCUAUGCCCGUGCACUUCGCCAACUCCGCAACGCCCAGCGACGCGGCGUCGCCCUCAUCCACACCGUCGAACCAUACUCCAAGCCAAUCGUGGAGUAUUCAGAGAAGCAGUUUGACAAGUGGAUCACCCUGUUCGCCCACCACCACGAUGAUGAUGAUGACGACGACAAUGCUGAAUUCCAGGAUGUGGAAACAGUUUCCCUGACGCAAGCGAUCCGGCGCCCUGUUGAGCGGACGGUGCGUGCUGCGCGUCGUGCGUCCAUUGCCAACAUCCACCGCCUUCGCGACGCCAUCGCCGCACUCGACGCAUCUGCAAAGUCCACAGCCGCCUCUGCCCGCCAGUACCCAGCCGUCCUGACAUCAAAGGCUGGUGACCUCGUGUGCUCCGCCAAGCAGACGCGUGUGUAUUCGCAGCUGAUGACGCAACUCGACGCCAUCAAGCGCAACCGUCGCGUCGUCACCCUCAGCGAGAAGCUUGUGUCGUACCUUGAGCUGCUUGGCAUCACCAUCCCGCAGCGCGUCCUGCGUCUGAUGCCCGGGAGCCACAGCCGUCGCCGUGAGGAGCAGGUGCAAGUCAACCUCACAUACGCACAGGUGGCCCGCGCUGGGGAUGGCGAUGAUGAUGACGACGACAGUGGCGACGACGAUCAUCAUCAUCAUCAUCAUCAUCAUCAUCAUCAGCAUCAUCAGCAUCAUCAGCAUCAUCAUCAUCAUCAUCAUCAUGGUGACACGGAUGACUCUGACACCAGCGGUGAUGAUGACGGUGACGAAAAGGACGAGGAUGAUGGUGGUAAGGACGAGCCGAAUGAGGAGGAUGACAACUGAACCUGCUGGCUGGUGACGACACAUGAUUGUCGUCAAACUCCAGCAGCAAUUCUCUGUCUUCCUGUCAAGUCUUUGACUGGGCCUUCCCCCUCCACGUCCCACCUCCACACCUCACCUCUUUCACUGUCGCACAUGCGUGCACAUCCCACAUACACCCCACCGUCCUGUGGUGUUUGUUGGAGACACAUGUAUGUCAUUGUUGCUUUUUCCCCUCUUUCUUUCUUUCCCUUGUUCCCUUUUCAAGUUUCUCUUCCCUGCUUGUGCUGGUGACCAAAGGAUGCUUUUGUGAUGGCGUGAUUUGUGUCUCACCUGCUCUUGAUACGCACCUUCACACGUCAUGCCUCGCUACCACACCUACGUCACGUUGAGCCAUCAAACCCCUCUCUGACAUGCACCUCCUCUUCUCCCCUCUUUUCCUGCCUGUUGGUUUGUUUGCUUUCUUUUUCCCUCCUUCCCUUUCUUUCCUUCCUCCGCUGUGUUGCGUCCCUUCUUCCCUCGUUCAUCCACACCAAUACACACGCGACCACGAACAGUGUCAGCAGCUUGGUGUAGUAGUAAAGUGGACGUGUGAGCACA